AUGAACAACAGACCGGUGGAGCAGGCGCUCGCAACCCUCCUGCCCACUCAUGCUCAAGACCUGCCCCCGGAUCUCCUCAGCCUGGCCGUCUCCCUCGUCGCCCAGUCGCGCAGCCUGUCCUCGAGCCUGAAGCCCGAAGAAGAAAUCGCGCGGCCCUAUGCCUGCGCGGAGAUCGCUUGUCGGAGACUCACGCGCACGCUCAAGCUCCCUCCCCUCCUCGGCCACCCUCCGUGUCCACCCCGACCCUACAAGAAACUCUACGCCUUCCUCGACCGCUCCCUGUCUGGCAGCUCUUCCGCCCCUGGCACGCCCUCACGCAGCCGCACCACCCCUUCGUCCACCCCGACGAAAGCGAACCGCCUCACCCAGACCCCGUCCAAGGACCCCCGGACGACAGCUACCGCCGCAGCCCUGCAAAACACACCCACGAAAUCCAGCCCCCUCAAACGCUCCCUCCCGCACGACACCACCAAAACCCCAACCCGCACCAGCACCAGCACCAGCACCAGCACCAGCACCAGCACCCCCCGCCUCAAACCCACGCACACCAACCCCAGCACCCCCAACCGCCCCCGCCUCAAUGCCCCCAAUCCCACAUCCACGACCACCAAAAUCCCCGACGCCCCGAACUGGGUAAUGACCUCGAUCCGCACGGUGUGCAAAACCCUCUCCACCCCGGCCCCGCGUAUGAGCACGUGGUCGCGGCCCCCGAUCUCACGCACCCUGCCCCCGCACAUCUUCGCUGGCGUCUCCUCGAUCCUCUUCUUCGUGACCAAGACCGCCUCAACGACUCACGUGAAACACGACGAGGACCUCGACGACGAGAUGCUCGAGUUCCUGGAGCCCGUGCUCAGCGCCCGGACUACCGCAUCCGACGAGGGGCCGGAGGAGGAGUUCAAAGAGCUCGUGGACGCGCUGGUCGUCGCGGUCUAUUUCCUUGUUCUGGCGAGGCGGCGCCAGCCGGCUGAUGAUGACGCCCCAGAAACAGAAGGAGGAGGGGGGCCGGAUGCGAAGGUCAUGGAUAAGAAGACGUUCACGGAGAUGCGGCAGACGGCGUUGGUCAGUUUGGGGCUGCCGGCCACGGAGAGGCGGCAUCGCGAGGAUGUGGAUCAGUGGAUUGCCCUCGUCAUGGAGCAGGGGUGGGCCCAGGGGACGGAGUGGUUCGAGAAUAUCCCUAGGGCUGGGGAGGUGGAUGGCGAUGCGGAGUUUUUGGACGACGACGAGGAGGAGAAUGGGGCUUAUGGGAAUGGGGGCGAGGAGGAUGGUGGUGGUGGUGGUGCUCCGCGGCACAAGAAGCAGCGCUUCCAGUUGGGGCGCGAGACGAGGCGCGGGUUGCUGCCGGGGUUGGGGACGAUGAUGCAGGAUCGCGUGGAUUGGUUGAGCGAGGAUCGCAGGGAGGAUUAUUUGGUCUGGAAGGCGGGGAUUCUGGCGAGAUGUGACCAGAUCGAGAGGGCUGCUUUGGCUGCGUAG